AUGGAGGCCACCGAGAGGAAGCAUCUGUUGGACCCCGGGCUUGGAGCCGGGUCUUACAGAUCUCUGUGGCAGGAUGGGGCUGGCUGGAUGCCUCUGCCUUCACCUGGCCUGGACUUGCAGCCCGUUGAGCUGGCUGCCAAGAGCAACCAUUACUGUCAUGCCCAGACGGGUCCUGGCAGUCACUGCGACCUCAAGAAGAAGAGGGCGUGGCGCCAGCUCUGUGUGGCCUGUGCUUUCUGCCUGUUGUUCAUGAUUGGGGAAGUCAUUGGUGGGUAUCUGGCACAUAGUUUGGCGAUCAUGACAGACGCAGCCCACCUGCUCACUGACUUUGCCAGCAUGCUCAUCAGCCUCUUCUCCCUGUGGAUGUCUUCCCGGCCAGCCACCAAGACCAUGAACUUUGGCUGGCAGCGAGCUGAGAUCCUGGGCGCCCUGCUCUCUGUGCUGUCCAUCUGGGUCGUGACUGGGGUACUGGUGUACCUAGCAGUGGAACGGCUGACCUCUGGGGACUAUGAGAUCGAGGAGGGGACCAUGCUGAUCACGUCGGGCUGUGCUGUGGUCGUGAACAUCAUAAUGGGAUUGAUUCUUCACCAGUCUGGCCACGGACACAGCCAUGGCCAUGAGCACAGCCACGACACCAGCCAGCAGCAGGAGAACCCCAGUGUCCGAGCUGCCUUUAUCCAUGUGGUUGGAGACUUUCUGCAGAGCUUGGGCGUUUUAGUGGCAGCCUUUAUUUUAUACUUCAAGCCAGAGUACAAGUUUAUAGACCCCAUCUGCACCUUCCUCUUCUCCAUCCUCGUCCUGGGGACAACCUUGACCAUCGUGAGAGAUGUGAUCCUGGUGCUGAUGGAAGGGACCCCCAGGGGCAUGGACUUCAUGGCUGUGCGGGAUCUGCUGCUGUCGGUGGAGGGGGUGGAAGCCCUGCACAGCCUGCAUAUCUGGGCGCUGACUGUGGCCCAGCCUAUCCUGUCUGUCCACAUCGCCAUCGCUGGGAAUGCAGAUGCCCAGGCUGUGCUAAAGGCAGCCAGCGCCCGCCUGCAGGGGAAGUUCCACUUCCACACCAUGACCAUCCAGAUAGAGGACUACUCUGAGGACAUGAAGGACUGUCAGUCAUGCCAGGGUCCCUCGGACUGAUUGCUGGGCCAGGCACCAACUGGGGCAGGGACAGGCCUGCCGAUGGCUGGACUGAGUGUCCCCCAGGCCCAGCUAGGACUCUGCCUACCCCAGGUGGGUUAUAAACCAGGUCACUCUCCUGACUGCUGC